AAUUUCGAGGAAAAAUAUUUUAUGGGGAGGGAAGAUUAGAAAAUUAAUACGACGUAGUCUGUCCCCUACAUUUGGAUAAUUUGCAUGGAAUGUGCUAUGCUGUUAUCAUCAUACUUCAAUGAUUACGCCCCUUUCUUGGUGAAGCGCUUAUAGCAGACGGCAGAAAAUAUCCGCAUUUUGUAGUCAGUUUUGUUACGAUGAAGAGGACGGUGUUAAUAUUGAUUGCCUCUGUGGCUGUGUUAUGCUUCGCCCAACAAAUCAAGUGCAGAUCACCGACCCGCUUUUUAAUUCCAGUCUUCAAGGCAAACUGGUUCAAAGCCACCGAGUACUGUUUCUCGCUGGGGAUGCAACUGGCCAUUACAAAUUCGAAAGAAGACCACGAUCGAAUUGUAGAAGCAGUAAAAUCUUCACCGAUCUACAACGCAAACAGCACGAUUGUGUGGUUGGGCGGAAGCGAUCUUGGCGAAGAGGGAGCCUUCUAUUGGCAUUCGACGGGCGUGCGUUUGGCCUACGCUUACUGGGGACCAAAUCAGCCCGAUAAUUGGCAGAACCAGGAGGACUGUAUGUCGCUAGUAUAUGUUACAUCGAUUAACUGGUUGUGGAUCGCCAAUGAUGGCAAUUGCGAAGGGCUGCACUAUUUCGUGUGUGAAAACGUUGAAUGGAUCCACAAUAUUGGUGUUUUCUGAAGAUUCGUUAAUUCUAGGUAUUAAAAGCAUCCCAGGUCAAAUUUAAAUAAAAUAGCAAUGUCAAAGCACUCUAGGCUUUGACGUGUAUGUCAAGUAACAAUAAAUGUUUCACAGAAGUUUCAAGAUCUUGUACAUCAGUUUAUAACGUAUAGCCUUCUUUCCAGGAGGUAAUUCCGUCAGAACCUGUUGUGGGGGUUCGUCCAAAUCUUGAAUAGCAAACCAAUUUUGAGGAUUGGCAAGCUUAAAGCUAGAAAGGAGUUUUAUUAGCAUAAUAUUUUAAAGUUAUUCAAGCGACUUACAAAUUUUGGUGAUACAACUGAUCGGAAAGGUAUCCUAUGACGACAACAGGUAUGAGCUUUGAUUCACUACAAACUUAAAUUAUAAUCUUUAUAAACUGCAUGUAUGAAUAAUUUGAUGUUUUACUCACGGCUUAGCUUUACUAGAUCAAUCUAAUUCACGUUAUUCUUAUUGAUUGUGGAUCGAAUCGCUAGGUCCUAUAAGAAACAUUUAGUUUAAGGUUAAACAAAUCAAAAGAAUUCAUUGAAAACUUCGUUUACCUUUUUAGUAUUAAGAAUAUCAGAUUUGAUCACUAGAUUGUAAGAACUUCGCCUUCGAUAUGUAGUGCGAAUAAUAUAGUCUUAAUUUCAAUAGUUUUAAGCCUAAUCUAGAUAAAUUCUGUAGUUUAAUAAUCAAUUUCAACGUUCGCUAAUAAUUGCAUGCUAGGAUAAGUUUGUGGAACAAUUCACCUCGUCACUGUUUUGACAAAUCAUCUCAUUCCUCUUUCCUUCAGUUUGCGCUGUACCCGGAGCUGCGGUCAUUGUAUACGAUGAAGCAAUCGAAAACUGUGAUGUCCACAGUAUUAAUCGUCCACAGUUGAACUGUUGCAGGGGGGUGACGUGACAAGAACCUAUGUGCAAUUCUGAUGCAACGCUAGAAAUUCACGUUACAUCGCCUCAAUCCAAAGCUGGUCUGGCGUUCCUGUUGAUUGAAAGUCUCAGUGUUACUCUUUGGAUCGUCGUCAUCAACAGUUUCAUUGUCAUCAUCAUCGUGGUCGAACUGUUCGGGGAAAUACGGUACAGCAGGUGAACUUAAGCAAACAAAAACAGAAUACUUUCCUACCGCUGCGCGUCGACUUGUAAGUUGCGGUAAGAGCGCUAGAGCAGAU